AUCCUUCCCCAUUGGUCAGUGGGGUCUGUCAGGUUCUACAGCAUUAUGACUCAUAGAGUGAGUGAGUGAGUGAGGGAGGGAGGGAGGUGUGAGUGGUUGGGUUUGGACUAUGGCUUUAUGACUGAGGGGGGCUUACUGUAGCACCUGGGAGGAUGUAAGCCAGCAGAGUCUGCGCAGCCACCCAGAAGGAAGACGGAGCGAAUUUUCUUUUCUCUUAUUUUCUUUCCCUCCCUAAUCCAUUCCAUUUCUCCGUUCGUUUGCCAGGAGCUAAGCAAACAAACCCGACGGCGAGAUUCCGCGCGCUUUGUUUUCCCGAACAGAAAGGGGCCGUAAUUCCUCAGCUUCAGAUCCACUGCUGCUUAACCGCUGAAAGGCUGCGAGGGCGGGGCCUGUCUUUCAGAGCGCGGCUAGGCUAUCCCGUGGGACAGGGGCAGCACAAUGCGCCCAUUUAUCAGACAGUCUGAAUAGAAUAGCUCACGACUGAAGUCACGGACAUCCCAAAAGACACCUCAGUAGCACAAAGCCUUAGUCCCAGCCAGACUGACUAGCUGACUUGGAAAUCUUUACAAGUAGCUGCAGAUAGGAUAUGGCAGUAAACUCAGUAAACUCAGGACCUGUGUGUUUUUGUGUGCCUGUGUCUGCUGUGCAUUUCAAACGUGUGUGUGUGUGUGUGUGCGCGUGUGUACAUGUGUAUGUGUACCUGUGUGCUUAUGUAUAUGUGUAUGUACCUGUGUGCAUAUGUAUAUAUGUGUGUGUGCAUAUGUGUGUGUACCUGUGUGCAUAUGUAUGUACCUGUGUGUGUGCAUAUGUGUGUGUACCUGUGUGCAUAUGUAUGUACCUGUGUGCAUACGUACGUGUGUGUUCUCCAGUAUCCACGUGUUGGGGAAGACAGCCAGUCUGCAUGAGCCCCUGGGUCCUGUGCGCUGGGACCUGGCCCUCUGCCUGCUGCUGGCCUGGGUUAUCUGCUACUUCUGCAUCUGGAAGGGGGUCAAAUCCACCGGGAAGGUGGUCUACUUCACUGCGACGUUCCCGUACCUCAUGCUCUUCAUCCUGUUCGUGCGCGGGGUGUCCCUGCCGGGGGCCUGGGAGGGGGUGUCCUACUACCUGUACCCCGACAUCUCCAAGAUCUCCAACCCCAGAGUGUGGUGCGAUGCAGGCACACAGGUCUUCUUCUCCUACGCCGUGUGCCAGGGGGUCCUCACUGCACUGGGAAGCUACAACAAAUACAACAACGACUGCUACAGAGACUGCAUUGCGCUCUGCGUUCUCAACAGUGCCACCAGUAUCUUCGCUGGCUUCGCUGUGUUUUCCAUACUGGGCUUCAUGGCUCAUGAACUUGGCACGGACGUGGCUUCCAUCGUGUCCUCGGGUCCAGGUUUGGCCUUCAUCGCCUAUCCCAGAGCUCUGUCUCUGUUGCCAGGAGCUCAGUUUUGGUCUGUUCUCUUCUUUCUGAUGGUGCUCUUCCUGGGCCUGGAUAGCCAGUUUGUGUGUGUGGAGAGUCUGUGUACAGCUAUCACAGACAUGUUCCCCCAUGUGCUGCGGAAACCAGGAAGACGUGAGCUCCUGGUCCUGGGCAUCGCUGUCUCCUGCUUCCUCCUGGGGCUAAUGCUGGUCACCAACGGAGGAAUUCACAUAUUUUUGCUGAUUGACCAAUAUGGUCCAAGUGGGACCAGCCUGUUGUUUAUAGCCUGCUUUGAAACCCUUGUCAUUGGAUGGGUUUAUGGUGCAGACCGUUUCUAUGACAACAUACAGGACAUGAUUGGAUACCAGCCGUUUCCAGUGAUAAAGUACUGCUGGCUGUUUGUGACUCCAGUUAUUUGUUGUCUCACUUUGUCUUACAACCUGACGGAUGACUGGAGGAGUGACACUUUACCUGGGCUGGAGCUGGGACUGGCUUCCCUGCUGAUGCUGCUGCCCAUGAUGUGCAUUCCUGCCUACAUCUUCGUGCACCUCUGUAAGAGUCCCCAUGACAUCACCUUGCCCUCCAGCGACCUGCCACAGGCGUGGCCCCGGAAGCCCCGCCUGAGCCUGUGCAGGCGUGUCAUCUUCGAGGGACAGAGGGCUUCUCGCAGAGGGGCUGAGGAGGAGAAGCUGGUCGGGGAGCACACCAGUCGUUUGUAAGGGCGCCGGCUGAUGACGUCAUCGAGCCACCCGUCGAUUUCUGCGGCGGAUCGCGUUCCCCUGUCGGCGUCGUUGACGGACAGACAGACAGACAGACAGACAGACACGUCAGACAUGACCCAACCCAAGAACGGGCAGAACCAAUCAGUUUGCAAACAGGAAGACUGCUGCAGUGGUCCGAGUGUUGAUGACUAUCAGUGCUGAAUUGUGUCCAGAGCAUGGUUAAGAAAAAAUAAAAAAAUAAAAAAGAGGAUCUUUUUAUAUUGCAUUUCCUGCAGAUAGAAAGAAAUAGAGUGAAUCUUUAUGUUGCGUUUGCCGAUGUUUCUGCAAAACAUCUCCAGACAAGGUACUUAUUACAGUAUUCCAACUGUACAUACUUUUAUAAAAUUGCCAAUAUGAUAGUGGGUUGCCUUUUAAUUACAUUAAGAUAUAGUCCAUUCAAUUUGAUGUGUGGAAAUCUGGUAAUGGUUUUGGUUGAAUCAUCCAUUCAUCAUGCACCUCCAUGUAAAUGUGUCGAUUGAUUUCAUUUAAAUUUAUUUUUAUUGUAGUUUGUGCAUCUCAGUGUGUGCACAUAAUGAGUUGUGUGUAAACAUCACUGAGCUCAACAUUCUAGUCUUUAACCAUAAAAUUGCUGUAUGAUUAACUGUUUGUACAUUUCCCCUGAGAAAUGGUCCAAGGUAGCUACAAGGCUACAUAUACAUUUUGUAACAGUUAUAUUUUAUUUUGUAGUUUUAUUACCAAUGUUAUAACACCAUGUUUGUUCUGCCAGAUAAAAAUGGAAAUAAAUAACUUCAUUACUUAGAGAGAA